AUGAGAGCAGGAGGUUUUACACUGCAGCAAGCUCUAACUGUGGAAGCUGCAAGCGUUGUGAAACAGGCGGUGGCGCUUGCUAAGCGGCGCGGCCAUGCACAGGUGACGCCUCUGCAUGUUGCAAACACCAUGCUGGCGGUUUCCGGUGGUGUGUUCCGCAACGCCUGCCUUCAGUCUCACUCCCAUCCUCUCCAAUGCAAAGCUCUAGAGCUUUGCUUCAAUGUGGCACUCAAUCGCCUCCCAGCUUCCUCGCCUAGCCCCAUGUUAGGCGUUGCCCCUUCUCAACAAUAUCCGUCCAUUUCCAACGCCCUUGUGGCCGCCUUCAAGCGUGCUCAAGCCCACCAGAGGCGUGGUUCCAUCGAAAACCAGCAGCAACCACUAUUGGCUGUGAAAAUAGAGCUGGAGCAGCUCAUAAUUUCAAUUUUAGAUGAUCCCAGUGUAAGUAGAGUUAUGAAAGAAGCUCGUUUUUCGAGUACUCAAGUGAAAAGCAAUGUGGAGAAAGCAAUUUCUUCUGAAUCAUGCGUUCAAAACUCUCCUACCGUAAAUAAGUCCAAAGAAAAUAACCUUCUAACCCUUUCUCCAUCUCCCACCACUAAUCAAACCGGGUCGAAAAUUAGCACGCCAAGUACUUCUGGACCAGUGGGAAAUGAAGACGUUAACAGUAUAAUAGAAACUUUGGUGAACAGAAGAAGGAAAAGUAUCGUGAUAGUAGGUGAAUGCAUAACCAGUUUAGAAAGUAUAGUUAGAGGAGUGAUGAAUAGGGUUGACAAAGGAGGAGUUCCUGAAUCUUUUAGAGAAGUAAAAUUCAUAAGCAUCCCACUUCAUUCUUUCUGUAAUCUGCAUAGGGAAGUAGUUGAACAGAAGAUGGGAGAAUUGGCUUGCCUUGUGAAGAGUCUUGUUGCUAAAGGAAUUGUUUUGUACUUAGGAGACCUGAAAUGGAUUGCUGAUUAUAGAGUCAGUUGUUGGGGACAAGAGAGAAGCAACUACUGUCCUGUGGAGCACAUGAUCAUGGAAAUUGGAAGAUUGGUUCGUGGAAUUGGAGAAUUUGGAAAGUUUUGGCUCAUGGGGAUUGCAACCUUUCAGACUUUCACAAGGUGUAGAAGUGGUCAAUAUUCACUGGAAAAUAUCUGGGAUUUGCAUCCUGUUACCGUUCCUGCUUACACUUUGGGCUUGAGUCUCAUUUCUGACAGUGAGAAAGAAACUGAAGCUAGAAGCCAAGAUGCCGAAAAUGGAGGCCUUCAGCUACUGCUUACAGAUGGAGAAGAAAAGCUCAAUUGCUGUGCAGAUUGUUCAGCAGAAUUCGAUACAGAAGCUCGAUGCUUACAAAUCAACAAUUGCAACACUGAGCCCACAUUGUCAAGUUUGCCUCCUUGGCUCAGAAAGGAAGGAAGAAGACUUAAUAGUAAUGAUCAGGACUGUGUCUCAGUGGGAGAACUCUGCAACAAAUGGAAUGCAAUAUGUAAUUCAGUCCACAAGCAACCUAAGACAUUGGAAAGAACCCCAAGUUUCUCUUUUGCAUCACCUUCACCAUCUGCUUCUUGCUUUUCUUUCGAUUUACAGAAUCCCAGUUUGCAGCAAAUUCCUUUUUCUAGACUAGCAUUUUCAUCUAAUCCUAGUUCCACCCAUAAUUCUGCUUCCUCAAGCGAUGUUAUGGACACAGAUUAUGCACAAAAGUUCAAGGAAUUGAAUGCUGAAAACUUGAAUUUCCUAUGCAAUGCAUUGGAGGAAAAAGUCCCAUGGCAGAAACAAAUCAUUCCUGAAAUUGUUGGAAGCAUACUUCAAUGCAGAUCUGGAAUGUUAAGAAGAAAAGACAAGAUAAGAAGCAAUGAGGUUAAAGAAGAAACUUGGUUGCUCUUCCUAGGACUUGACGCACAAGCAAAGGAGAAAAUUGCUAGAGAAUUGGCUAAAAUUGUUUUUUGUUCUUAUUCAAACUUCAUAUCGAUUCCAUUGAGCCAAUUUUCAUAUACAAGGUCAGAUUCAACUGGUGAUCAUCGAAAUAAACGAGCAAGAGAUGAACAAAACAGUAGCCACAUUGACAGAUUUGCUCAAGAAGUGUCUGCUAAUCCCCACCGCGUUUUCUUAGUAGAAGAUUUGGAUCAAGCAGAUUACUUUUCUCAAAUCGGCAUAAAAAGGGCCAUUGAAAAAGGCAGAAUAACCAAUGAAAAUGGUGAAGAUGUUAGCAUUUGUGACGCCAUUAUCAUAUUAAGCUGUGAUAGUUUCAGCACUAGGUCAAGAGCCUCUUCACCUUCUACUAAGCAAAAAUCAGAUGGAUCAUUGGAGGAAAAGGAGGCAGGAGAAGAAGAAAAAAGGUCUUGUGUUUCAUUGGACUUGAAUAUUGGCUUUGACAAUGAAAAUAUUGAAGAUAAUCAGUCAAUUGACGAUUUAGGGAUUCUUGAAAUCGUCGAUAGGUGCGUAGUGUUCAAAAUUCAGGAGUUAUAG